UUAUUUACUCGUGGAUGAAGUAACAAAUGUUUUACCUGAAUACUCACAGAAGUAAAAAAGAAUAUUUAAUAAAAAUUUCUACUUAUUAGAAAACUUAUGUGUGGACGUAAUAAUAACCUGACAAAUAUUUAUUACGCUAAAGAGCUUCUGUCAUAUCUGAAGCAUCGUCAUUUAAAACACGUGUGGCAAGAAUUUAUAAAUCGCCCUGCUGAACAGCAGCUACUAGAAGAGGUGGCAACUUUAGCUGCACAAUGGUUUCAGCCGGACAAAAAUAUCUCUUAUUUGCAUAUAGAAAGCCACCUGGAUAAAAUCGCACAACAGGUAAUGGAGCAUCUUAAAAGUGUGAAUCCCAAUCAUCCGAUAUUCUUGGCAUUGCGUGAACAAUUCUUGUUUUGGAAAUGCCAUAAUAUCGAUGAAAAUCACUGGGACAACAGCGAUGGAAGACAAAUUCUAGAUAGUCUUUGCAAGAUAUUAUUUUUUGAACUAAACUUCCGUGCAGUUGGAUAUGGUGAGAUAGGAAGACGACGCACAGCACAUGCAUUCAUACAUUCCGUCUUAGAGAUGAAAGUUGGUAAAGCACUACCGCUGGCAAUCAUAUUCCAGAGUGUUGCAAGAAGACUUGGCAUACGCUGUGAUCUACUAUCUUUUCCUGUAAUUUUAGCUAAUAGCUGGGGCUACAGUUAUUGGUUAUUAAGAUGGAAACCAAAAUGGAAUCUAAAUCCUAAUGACGAAGAAUGCUUUUAUAUCAAUGUCUUACAUCGUGGAAUCAUUCUAGAUAAUAACUGGUCCAGAAUUUGUGAGGUUGCAAAAUGUACCAUACGUUCUGAUAGCUAUUGCAGAGUAAAUACCUUCGAGCUCCUACUAGAAAUAAGUUACUAUUAUGCUGUAUCAGUAGAUUGUUUUUUGGAGGCAACGAUUGUUAGAAGUUUUAAAGGCGUCGCAUACGUGACUGAUAAAAUUUGUUGGUUUUCGAGGCUUCUAGAUCUGAUAAAACGAGAGAAGGGAUACCUGACGACCUUCGAGUUUUAUAUAAGAGACAAGGACACUAUAUUGAAAUUUAUACAACGAGUGCAAAAGGUUCAAUCUAAUGCACUCAAUGAAAAGGGAUGGACCAAGUUAGCACGAGAUACAGUAACUGGGAUGGUAUCUGUGGUAUGUAAAAAAGACAAAUGCAGACUCAAACGAAAGAAGAGAAAGGCUGGAAUGAAAUUCGCAGUUGGAAUGAUCGUGAGAAUUCUCUCUUCGAAUAAAAUAGGCGUGAUAAUCAGAUGGGAGAAGUUAGAAUUGAGCUUGAGAACCAAGAAAUCAUCUUUAUACUACACAGUCCUUUGCGACUGCAAGAAGACACAUUGUGUCCCCGAAGAGAAUUUAAGAAGAGUAGUUAAGAGUAUACGGAUACCUAUAAACACCGACAUAACCGGCAUAUAUUUUUCUACAUUCAAAGCUAAGCUGGUUUAGAUAUCGGCCUAAUGAGGUCAGCAAACGGCUCAAUCGACCAUUCUACAAUUUAUUAUAAAAUAGGAGCAACACGUAAUUCGAAGAUGUUUUAAAACGCAGAAAGUUACAAUUGUAGAAUAACGAUGUUAAGGUGAGUUUACGCGCAAUGAAGGCGCGUAAUUCAGGUCAAACUCGUGCCGACAAUUUGAAUUUCAGGCGAUGAGAUAGCGGAGAAUCGUGAUUAAUUCGGUAUUACAUCGAUGCGGUUGGUCUUGCGGUUUGGUCAGUAUCGCAACGAUGCCGGACGUUUAUCGAUGUACACAGCUGGCAUUUUGACGGCGCACGACUGAAAUCGAAUGACUAGUUUAACGCCUCGAGCGUUAAUGCGCUUAAUGUAUGUAAUCAAUUGAUUGGUCGUCUUCCUUAAUCUUAAAUUUUAUUUUAAGCAAAUAACGAAUAUUUCUAGAAGAUUUCUAAUUGAAUAUUUCUAUAAGAAUUCUAAUAUAUCUAUAUAUGUAUAUAUAUACUAUCUAUUAUUGUUUUUGUAUGUACAAAAAAAUCAAAUUUGUAUUCGUUGAAAUUUUCCAUUAGAAAAUCCCGCAGGAGUUAACCGCUGUCAUCGACCGAUCACGAUGCAGCAUCACCUUCGACCUUGUCGAUCAUGGACAGACGAUCACGACGUAUAAACGGGCGGGGAAGGACACGGGGUGCUAAUAACGUUAGCAAAUGUUGCGCCGCUAUUUCCGAUGUCCCUGCAUGCAAUCUCAUAUCUGCAACGGCUCAAUAUAUCGAAACGUAUAUGUCGGACAUUGCUAACUGGACGCAAUCGUUCUGAAAGCGAGACGAUCAUAUGAUAGCGAUAUCUCGGAGCAGAUAACGCGUGUAACAUCGGGGUUUCUUUGCAAAUUAUCGCAUCAAUAAUCUCACGAUGAUUCGUCAAACGAUUCAUAAUUCAUAAUUUAUCCAAUCAACACAAAGAACUUCCUGCUAUAUUAAUAUUACUAAUAUUAAUAUUAAUAUAACUAAUACUAAUAUUACUAAAAAA